CUACUCGCCUCACGAACAUUUCACACACCCCGGCCUGUCUUCAGCCUCGACGUGUCGGCUGCCUUGCGACUCUGGGAAGAAGCUUCAGGUCUUCGGUCAUGUUUGUCUCCAGGUUUCUGUGCAGGUUUAGUUUCUGCUGCUCUCGACCGGCAAGGCUCCGAAUCUACACGUCCAGUCCAGUGUGGUCUGCCUGCGGCGCGUCCAGCUACAGCAGUCGACCUCCAUCUAAAGAUGUGUCUAUUCAUUACAGCCUCGGCCGCCCGGUCCUCUCUCUGCGCCUCCCUGCGGGUCAGCAGUGUCGUUUCACUCUGACGCCCAUGUUGACCACGGUGGGUGACCUGCUGCGUGACAUCACAGCAAAGGACGCCCAGGUGCACACCGCCACCCUGCUCGAUGGAGAUGGACAGAGAGUCUCCUCAUGCACCUUAAUGGAAACUGUUUUAAAUAAAGAUUUUCAACUGGUCAUCAAUGACGUCACACACAAUGUUCCCUCACUUGGACAAGGCUCGUCUCACGAACACGUGUUGGGUCUGGAUGAUAUGAAGUACGUGGUCCACCUGCUUCACUCGGCUCUGAGUCUUCCUCAGCGGCAGCACAUCAAACACACGGAGCUGAUGAUCAGACGGGAGCAGCUCCAACAGCAGCUGCAGCCGCUGGAGACGGUGAGAGUUAAGAUGGCGCAGGAGGCGGAGACUAGAGCAUCAACGCUGGGGUGGGUGGGGCUUGCCUACCUGUCUCUGCAGGGAGGAUUUCUGGCAUACCUCACCUGGUAUGUGUUUGCCUGGGAUGUCAUGGAACCGGUCACCUACUUCAUCUCCUACAGCACCAGCAUGAUCUUCUUCUCCUACUACAUCCUCACCAAACAGGACUUCAUCUGUCCGAAGGUGAGAGAUCGUCAGUUCCUUCACUUCUUCCACCAGAAAGCGUCUCGGCAGAAAUUCAACGUUCAGAAAUACAACGAGCUCAAGGAUGAGCUGGCGAAGGUGGAGGGGGAUCUCAGGAGGUUGAGGAGCUCCCUUCAGCUGCCGGUGGAUCGGACUCGGCCACAAAGAGCCGCCUGAGAUUUCACUUCAUUCUUUUCUUGUGACAUUAAAAAAUGUUGGUUUUGUUUUCGACUGUGCUGUAACGUCCAGCUGCUUCACCAAAAGACACAAAUGAAAAUCCUCAUCCUGCUUCUGCA